AUGAGCUUCGCCGAGGAGGAGGAGGACGACACGCUCGACGUGUCGGCUGCGACGGCCGCACCUUUUCCGGCUGGCCGCCGACCCACAACCUUGCGUGAUGAGGUAGAAACGCCUGAACCCGCGUCGGACGAUCUUCGCUGCUUCUGGAAAACCACCCUGCAAGUCCGAAUCAGCGAAGCAAAGAAUGUCAAGCCACCUCAGGCAGAGAGCAUGGCUGCUUUUUUCAAGAUUGUGGUUGAUGACGAAGUGGUCGCACAAACGAGCACCCAGCGCGGCGCAACCUCGCCGUUCUUCGGAGAUAGCUUUGACCUCUUGCUUUCCUACAAUUUCUCCCUCGUAUCGCUUCAGCUCUUCAUGCAGGUCUUUGUCGAGUUGACACGCACUCAGCUCGCCGGACGCGACAAGAUUGAGGUCACGGUCGUCAAAGCUCGUGACCUGCUCUUCAACUCAGACAAUAAUGCCCAAACCCAACACACCUUUGAGCUUCGCCUUGGAAGCACUUCGCACGAGUCAAGCGUUGCUAAUACCCGGUCUGUUGAUACGGCGGCGAGGCAAAGACCGGAACGAGUGGUGCAAAGUUGCCAGAUGGCUCACGAGGGCAUUCAGGUUGUUGUGCGUCCGGUGCUCACGUUGGCCACUCGUGCCAUGCCAUGCAGGCAUCCCAUGUGGGAUGAAUCGCUCACGGUGGAGACGGACGAUGUUCACGAGGAUCUCCUCAUUACUCUAUGGGAGGUGUCGCGCAAAACGCGACGCUUUCGCGGUCAGGCGCGCAUCCCUGUGCAAAGCUUGGACCUGGACGUCCGUCGACUCAUGUGGUACCGUCUUGGUCCUCGAAUCGACGACUUUGACGAGACCUCGAGCACAGGCGGCACCGUCCGUGUUUUUCUCAAGUCGAGCAGCGAGCUGGUCUUGCCAGAAAGCUCUUACGAGAACGUCGUCCAGCUUGUCGAGAGGGGCCGAGGAAGUGCGGUGCAUGCGAUCGGGCGCACGCUCACGAUGGGUUACGACUGGGUGCAGGAGCUUUCGGUUCAUAAGCCUUUGGAUGACUUUACGUUUCUGGGAGUUAUGAAUGCGCUACUGACGGAGAGCAAGCAGCAAGCCGGUGAAGCACUGCUUCCCUUUGACCGCGAAGACUUUGCUCGGGCCUUGAUGUCGACGUUUGUGAGCCGCCACAGCGCUGUUGCGUGUCUGCAGGCACUCAACGCCGCGGAAGUGCAGCGCGCCACUGAUCCAGCCACGUUGUUUCGCAGUAAUUCGUUGGCAUCUAAGCUGCCUCGCAAGGCCGCACAGAGUGGUGUCGUGCGUAAGCACGCGGAUCACUUGAUCCGAUACCUCGAUGCCAUCCUCAAGGCCAUGUUUCACACGGUCUCGGCCAGUCCCAUGAUUAUGCGCCAGGUCUUUAGUCACUUGCGACAGUCCGUUGCUGCGAAUCAAGACUUGGUGCAUCGGGACAAGGAUGCGCCGUUUACGGCCGUGUCGGGGUUUCUUUUCUUGCGUUUCUUUGCGCCUGCCGUCCUCAAUCCCAAGCUGUUUGGUAUGCGUGACGAGCGGCCUACGGGCAACGUGGCACGAACACUGACGCUUUUGGCCAAGGCCAUUACAACGAUUGGAAAUCUGGGCUCGGCCCUGGCCGGUGGCAAGGAGCCCUACAUGGACCCAUUACGACCCAUUAUUGAGGACAGCAUUGACUCGGCUCGUGCAUAUAUUUUGGCCAUGAGCACCGAGCCGAGUGCCAAUGAGCGCUCGUCUUUGAUGUCGGUGGAGACGUACAACAAGGAAGAGAUUGUCUUUCAGCAAGAAAAGGUGGCCGUGACAGACAGUGCCACCAUGGCUUUGAAGAAGCGCAGCCUCACACUGUCUUCACGAGAGCUCACGGUGAACAAGCGUGGCAAUACCGAACUCAAGAUUGAUGUGGAACAGAUUCGCAAUGUGGAGCGGGUUGAUGCGGACGCGUUUGACCGGCCGUAUGUGGUUCAGCUGGUGUUGCCCCUCAGCACAAUUUACAUUGAUAUGUUCAAUGCCGAGCAAUUGGAGACGUUCUUGCAGGUCAUGCGCAAAAUCCUGCAAGCGUCCGAUGCCGAGGUGCGCACGGCCUGUCACACGGGCGUGUAUCGCAAAGACCACUGGACGUGUUGUCAAGGGUUUUCGCCGGGCACGUUGCCCUGUGGCAAAGGGCAUGUCACCUCGCUCCAGGAUCCAUUG